AUGCUAGAACCACAGGAGAAUGGCUUGGUUGACCUACCAGAUUAUGAGCAUACAGAAGAUGAAACUUUCCCUCCGUUCCCACCUCCAGCCUCUCCAGAGAGGGAAGAUGGUGAAGGCGCUGAACCUGAAGAAGAGUCAGGGAGAGGAGCGCCUGUUCCCGUACCUCCGAAGAGAACAGUUAAAAGGAACAUACCCAAGCUGAAUGCUGAGAGAUUAAUUUCAGAGAGAGGGCUCCCAGCAUUAAGGUAUGUGUUUGAGAAGGCAAAAUUCAAAGGUAAAGGUCAUGAGGCUGAGGACUUGAAGACACUAAUCAGACACAUGGAGCACUGGGCAUAUAGGCUAUUCCCUAAACCGCAGUUUGAAGAUUUUAUUGACAGAGUUGAAUAUCUGGGAAAUAGAAAGGAAGUUCAGACCUGUUUAAAACGAAUUCGACUUGAUCUCCCUAUUGUACGUGAAGAUUUUGUAAGCAAUAAUGAUGAAGUAGAGGAAAAUAAUGGCCACGACGUGACCGCUACCGAAUUAGAUCCCUUUCUGACAAACUCAUACGGAAGUGCAGAGUUUGCUUCUGAGUCCAGUAGAAGCCUAACAGAAGAACAACAACAAAGCAUUGAGAGAAAUAAGCAACUGGCCUUGGAAAGAAGACAGGCAAAGCUACUGAGUAACAGUCAGUCCCUAGGAAAUGACUUGUCAGUGAACACACCCAGCACACAGACAUCUGAGGAGGGUGGAACAGGUGAGGAGCAAAAGCAGGAAGAAUCAAAUGGAUUUAACAAAGACCUAGACAGCCCACAUAAUGCUGGCGCUGCCAGUACUGUAAAAGAAGAGGAGGAAAUAAAAGUUGAGAAAACGGAACUGGACCAAUCCUUUUAA